UAAAUAACGUUCUCGGGGAGGUAACUGCGUGCGCCUAUCGGAAGUGGAAAGAUACAGGUGCUCCAUUUGUUGUUAGUGGAGCUUCGGGGAGGGAUAUGUUUUACACGCAAGUGUGAUGUAGAUUUUUAACACCACAGAUCACAAUGAGGAACAAACUUUUCUUGGCCUGUGCCUUAGUGCUAGUUUUUUGUGCUACUUUGGUCCUGUGUUGUGACGAGGGUGUUUGUGUUAGUAUCGUUAGCAAGUGUUUAUUAAUUAAAUCAUGUGACUGCGAUAUGACCAGUUUGAAGAACUGUACGUGUUGUAAAGACUGUCAGUUGUGCUUGUCCAAGUUGUACACCGAGUGUUGUUCCUGUGUUGGUUUAUGUCCAAAACCCGAUCCUGAUGAUGAUUUACAAGAUGGCAGCACAAUAGAAGAUCUAAAUGACCCUAUACCAGAACUUUUUAAUGUGUUAACAGAGCAACCUGACAUAGAGAAAAGAUGGACUACGUUUUCUCAUCCUGUGCACUUUGGUGCCCUGUUGUAUAAACCUAAUCAUGGAAUUCUUGAUCUCUCCAGAGACAUUAGACAAGAAGCUACAAAGGAUAGCUAUGGAUCAGAGCUGAACUGCACAGUAGCUUUCAUGUCCCAAUGCUGCUCUCUUAAGAAGUGUAAAGUUUCCUGCAUGUCAAUGGGAGCUGCACAAUACCGAUGGUUCCAUGAUCAUGGCUGUUGUCAGUGUAUAGGAAACAACUGCAUCAGCUAUGGAUUAAACAGUGCAAAUUGUCUUCAGUGUCCUCCACAAGACGAAGAAACUGAAAAUCAAUUACAAGAAGAAGUGAACAAACUGGUAGAAAAUUCUCUUGUAGAGGAAGAGGAGGAGUUUGAUGAGGAGUUUGAUGAUGAGGAUGAGGAAGAUGAAUUAGAGGAGGACAGGGGUAUUAAUGAGCUGAAAACUGUUGGCUAACACCUGAUGUUUGUGAUAGAUUAAAAAUAGAAACAACAUGUAGACAAGAAUUCAUAUAUUUUAGCAAUACAUCAUGGAUGAUCUGUCAAAUUGGAUCUGCAUAUUUGUUAUUUAUGUUGUGAGUAUACAUAUCUUUUAAAAUGUCCACGUACCGUUGAAAUCAUUAUGUUAAAAUAUUGAUUUGAAGAUCAUGAUUUUUCAGAAUUUGUCCGAAUGAAUUCUGUGUACAGUAAUUUCUGUUAAUUUAUCUUGUUUUGUAAAUGUCCUCUGUCAGUAUUUAGUGAGGAGUUCAGUAUUGUCCCUUUGUUCUCUAGAUUUGUUCAGGGUUUCUUAUUAGACACCCUUACAGUAAAUUCUGUAUUCUUGUAUUUGUAGGUUUAAUGUACUAAGGUACAAAAUACAUGUACACAUAAUUUCAUUAUGUGUACAUCAUUUUUUUUCAUUUCUUUUUUUAUGUGUACAUGUACUUGGUUUAUUUAUAACUUUUUAUUCAGUUACAUAUAGAUGUUUUUAAAUUACUUGUUCUUUUACCAAAACACCUCAAUCAACCUAUUAACAUUGUUAUUUUUAGCUCACUUGAGCCAGUGACCAAAGGCUCAGUUAGUUUUUCUGAUCAAAGAAUGUCCCAUGUCUGUAGCCAUCUGUCUUGUCCUGUUUUGUUGUAAACUUUUCACAUUUUCAUUUUUUCUCCAGAACCACUGACCAUUUCAACUAAACUUGCCACAACACAUCUUUGGGUAAGGGGAUUCAAAAUUGUUUACCUGAUAGGCCACACCCUCUUUCAUGGGAAGAUAAUUAAGAGUGAAAAUAGUAUAGGUUCAUUCCUGUCUGUUUAAAUCUUGCCCCUGGGGCUACAUGGAGCCAUAACAAGGGUUAAAUGCGGGAAUAUUUUUAUGACAAAUUUUUCUAAAUCUUAAAUAAGAAUAUGACCGAAAGGGCUGUAAUUAGUGUAUAAUGCAAGCAUCCAAAUGUAGUCUGGAUUCAGAUUUGUUCAAAUCAUGGCUCCAGGGGCUAGGAUUGGGUACAUAGGAGGGUUUUGAGCUUUUCACAGAAAUAUGUGAACUUCUGCCAGAACAACAAAGAUAGAAUUUGUAAAGUUUGGGUCAUUAUACAUUAAACUGGAGUUGCUGACAUUGUCAACUCAGGUGAGCAUUGUGGACCAUGGGCCUUUUUUUUAGAUACACUUUUAUAGUGUAAUAAUUGCUUAUAAAAAUAUCUGCAAUUCAAUGAAUUGUAAAGGCUUCUCUUCAAAAUGGAGAGAAUAUAGGUAAAUCUGGUUUUAAUUGAGCGAGGUGUACCAGAUGGCACAUAUCUUCUUAUAGCAUGAAAUAGUGCAAUGUGUUUUCACUGAAAUAUUGGGGGAAAAGAGAUUUUAAAUACAGGACAAUGUUUAGUAUGAAUUUACACUUUUAUGUAAAGAUUUGUUACUGAUCACUUAUUUUACCCUCAAUUUAAUGACAAUUAUCUUACAAGCUUACAUACCAGAGCACAAGUAUAUUAAUUUUUUCAAACAUUUUUUAUUCAAAGAAACCUUGAAGUAUGCCCUAAAAUAUCACAUUUUCUGUGUAUUUAUACAUCCUAGUUAAUAAUGCAUUGACAAUUUUUAUAGUAUUUAUCAAUGCCCACCAAAAGCUGUUUUUAUGGUACUGUUAUAUUGAUUUUGACUUGAGAGCAUUUUGUAAAUACUUGACAUCAUGGUCACUGUUGAUAUUUUCUGUCCAUGUUUUAUUGAUUAUACAUAUACGUCCAGAUGUCAAGUUCUCUCCCCUUGUAAUUCAAUAAUAGUGCUUUUUUGGACCAAAGACCAAAUAAAAUUUGCAAUAACAUUG